CUCUCUCUCUCUCUCUCUCUCUCUCUCUAUCAUCUCCUCCUCCUUCUCUCUCUCUAUCUGACCCAUAAUUUUAAUUCUACAUCGAAAAGAUAAACGCAAAAAAAAAAAAGAAAACUAAAAAAAAAGAAACCUCGUCGCCGUUACAGUCCCCUCUUCUCUCUCAAUUCAAUUCGCCGUCUCUUUCUACUCCCCGCCGUGAGUUUUCACUAAACUCUAACGCUGACUUAGAUUGACCCCCACGUCGUACGAUAUGCAUGUUCAUGACUAGUCCCUUCUCCAAUUCACGUCGAUUCCACCUCCGAUUCGUCUCUCUCCCCCGGUGGUUGUGCCGUUAGGGUUUUUAAGAUUAUUUUUUCCGAUUUCAAUUUGGAGAAAAAUCUGAUUGGAACAUUGAGAGAGAGAGAGGAUGUUUGAAGUCAAAACAGGGUCAAAGGUGUGCAUGAACGCAUCUUGUGGCUCCACCUCUACCGUUGAAUGGAAGAAAGGUUGGCCUCUUCGAUCUGGUUCUCUCGCUGAUCUCUGCUUUCGUUGCGGAUCGGCUUAUGAGACUUCUCUGUUCUGCGAAACAUUCCAUAUGGAGCAAUCUGGUUGGAGGGAAUGCUAUUUAUGCAACAAGAGACUUCAUUGUGGAUGCAUUGCCUCUAAGCUCAUGGUCGAGUUUAUGGACUACGGUGGUGUUGGUUGUACUUCCUGUACUCACUCCCAUCAACUCAAUCUGAGAGGUGAGAGUCCAGGUAUAUUUAGCAGAUUGGCUAUUAUCAACAGCCAACAUACAAAUGGAGAAAGUGGAAUGAGUAUAAGAAGCGAAACUGAUCUCUUUUCUCAGCCACUACUAGUCCCUGGGGAUGAUAAAAGAGAAGAGUUCAUGGCUCACCGUGGGUUUAAUAAUUUUAUGAAACCAGAAAAUAACAAUAAUAAUAAUAAUAAUGCUGCCACCACCGGGUAUAAGCUGAACGGUGGGGAAAUGCAUGAACCGUCGUCAUCAACACCUCCACAGCCAUCUUUCAAUAUGGCUUUGGCAACACUUCCUUACAGCCCAUCUUUUGCAACCCCCCCUGUGGACGGAAACAAACUAAUGGCUGCUGCUGCUGCUUCUCAGUCCCACAUUGCCCAAUGCUCUGCUUCUAGUAUACUCCAAAAGCCUUCAAACCCUGUUCUUGCAACUCCUCCAGGGACGAGCAAAUCUGCUCAGGCCCGGGUCGGGAGGCCUCCUGUGGACGGGCGUGGGAAAGGCCAUUUGCUUCCUCGGUAUUGGCCUAAAUACACUGAUAAAGAGCUUCAGCAGAUCUCUGGAAAUUUGAAUUUGAACAUUGUGCCUCUUUUCGAGAAAACUCUCAGUGCCAGUGAUGCCGGCCGCAUCGGUCGUCUAGUUCUUCCAAAAGCAUGUGCAGAGGCAUAUUUUCCUCCCAUUAGUCAAUCAGAAGGCAUUCCUUUGCAAAUCCAAGACGUGAGGGGUAAAGAGUGGACCUUCCAGUUCAGGUUCUGGCCUAACAACAACAGUAGAAUGUAUGUCUUGGAAGGCGUCACUACCUGCAUACAGUCCAUGAUGCUACAGGCUGGUGACACGGUGACUUUCAGCCGGGUUGAUCCUGGUGGGAAACUAGUCAUGGGUUUUAGGAAGGCAGCUUAUAAUACUGUAGACAUGCAGGGGUGUGGUGGUCUCGCCAACGAGGACACGUCAUCAUCUGGUGUCACAGAGAACCCCACCUCCAUAAACGCUUCCUCGUGUCCUCCGCAAACUCCGGAAGAAUUUAAAGGUGUGCCUGAGCAUUUGAGCUCACCUUAUGGUAAGAAGAGUGAGAUGAAUGGAGGAAAAUUUUGUGAUGAUCCGUCAGGGGUUAAAGAAAAGAAGAGGACUCGAACCAUUGGGGCUAAAAAUAAGAGACUGCUUAUGCGUAGUGAAGAGUCUAUGGAGCUGAGACUCACAUGGGAAGAAGCUCAGGAGUUGCUUCGUCCUUCUCCUAGUGCAAAGCCCACAGUUGUCGUCAUCGAGGAGCAUGAGUUUGAAGAGUUUGAAGAGCCUCCUGUCUUUGGAAAGAGGACGAUAGUUACUUCAAAACCUUCAGGUGAACAAGAACGAUGGGCAUCGUGCGACGACUGCACUAAAUGGAGGAGGUUACCUCUAGACGCUCUUCUCCCCGCAAAGUGGACAUGUUCAGACAAUGUUUGGGACGUGAGCAGGUGUUCCUGUUCUGCACCAGAGGAGAGUCUGAAAGAACUUGGGAAUGUUCUUAGAGCCGGAAAAGAGUACAAGAAGAGAAGAUACCAGACGGCAAAAACUGAGGAAGAGCCAUCAGGUCUGGAUGCACUAGCGAGUGCGGCAGUCUUAGGAGACGCUUUAGGCGGCGGCGGCGGGGACUCGGAGGUGGCGACCACGACGAGACAUCCAAGGCACAGGGUUGGAUGCUCAUGCAUAGUGUGCAUUCAGCCGCCAAGUGGGAAAGGCAGGCACAAGCCCACCUGCGUAUGUACAGUGUGCAGCACGGUGAAGAGGAGGUUCAAGACGUUGAUGAUGAGGAGGAAGAAGAGGCAGUUAGAGCGAGAUGAAAUAGCGGCAGCAACAGAGGCAUAUGAGGAGAGCAACAAGGAACAGGCCGAGAGUGAUGAGAAUAACGGAGAUAAGGAAGGGAGGAUUGAUCUGAACAGUGAUCCUUGUAAGAACAGAGAAGGCGUUGAAGCUGAGAAAGAGGAGAGUAAAAGAAGAGAGUGUUCGGGUGUGGCUGAUGUUUUAGGGUUAAAGGAGUUAGGAGAGGCUGCACAGGCUGCAACCUGAUAUGAAGAAGAAAAAAAGCUGAACUCAUCAUAGCUCAGUUUUAUGUUCUGAUUUUGUCAUAGCUGUAGGCAGAAAUAAGCUUCAGAGUCCAAUGAACAAGAUUGGCGUAUGUUUUGGUUUUUAUGUUCUUUGGUGAGUUUGGGGGUGGGGUUUUAGGUCGUCUCCAUUGAUAUAGGUUUUGCAUAAGUCAAAGUGGAGCUUUGCUGUUUGGUGAUGAAACACUUGAAUUUGUUGUUGUGUUUCAACCUUACAUGGAAAGCAUUAGGUUUAAAUUAUUAUUCUUCUUCUUGUCUAA